AUGUCCCACACCGAAUCGAGCGUCAAGAAGAGCGUGCGCCGCAUCGUCAAUUCGUGCAUUGUUUCUCCCAACGAGUGCAGCAGCAGCAACAAGAAGAUGAGCCAGUACAUUAGCAACGUCCCUGUGGCCCCUGAGGAUCCCAUCCUCGGCAUCAACGUGGCUUACAAGGCCGAUCCCAGCACUGACAAGCUCAACCUCGGCGUCGGCGCCUACCGUACUGAGGAGGGACUCCCCCUCGUCCUCAACGUCGUUAGAAAGGUGGAGCAGCUCGUGGCCAACGAUGUGAGCCUGAACAAGGAGUACCUGCCCAUCGAAGGUCUGCCCGACUUCACCGCCCACACCGCCAAGCUCAUCUUCGGCGCUGACUCGCCCGCCCUCGCCGAGAAGAGGGUGGCGACCGUGCAGGCCCUGUCUGGCACCGGUGCGCUCAGGAUUGGAGCCGAGUUCCUCGCUCGCUUCGCCCCCGAUGGCGCUGCCACCCCGGUCUACAUCUCCGAUCCCACUUGGGGCAACCACACCAACAUCUUUAAGGAUGCGCAUAUGCCCGACGUGAGGAAGUACCGCUACUACAAGGAGCAGACGCGUGGCCUCGAUUUCGAGGGCUUCAUCGGCGAUCUUAAGGCGGCUCCCAAUGGUUCCGUGUUCAUUCUGCACACCUGUGCGCACAACCCGACCGGCGUGGACCCCACGCUCGAGCAGUGGGAGGCCAUCCUCGACGUCAUCCAGGCCAAGGCUCACCUGCCCUUCUUCGACACCGCCUACCAGGGUUUCGCCACCGGUGAUCUCGAUCGGGAUGCGGCUCCCGCGCGCAUGGCCAUCGCCAGGGGCAUGGAGCUCUUCGCCUCGCAGUCCUACGCCAAGAACCUCGGCCUCUAUGCCGAGCGCAUUGGUGCGCUGAACAUCGUGUGCCGGGACGCGGCCACCGCGGAUGCCGUCAAGAGCCAGCUCAAGACCAUCAUCCGUCCCAUGUACUCGAACCCGCCGCUCCACGGCGCCCGCCUGGUCUCGAAGAUUCUCAGCGACAAGUCCCUCUACAACGAAUGGCUUGUGGAGCUCAAGGAGAUGUCGGACCGCAUCAAGCGCAUGAGGCACGAGCUGUACGACGCCAUCAAGAAGAACGGCACGCCCGGCACGUGGGAGCACAUCAUCGACCAGAUCGGCAUGUUCUCCUACACCGGCCUCACCAAGGCCCAGUGCGAGGUGAUGAUCAAGAAGCACCACGUCUACAUGAUGACCAACGGCCGCAUCUCCAUGGCCGGCCUCAGCAGCAAGAACAUCCCCAAGAUGGCCGCCGCCAUCCACGACGUCGUCGUCAACGUUCAGUAG